CUUGGUACAACUUUCAAUUUGGUGCUCAAUUGCUCCCGAGGCCCUGUAGUGAGGGUGAAAGGGCAAAUUUAAACUAUCAUAUAAUUAGGGACAUUAUUUAUGUAAAUAAUAUAAUAGGAUGAAAGCGAGAAUUAUAAUUUUAAAUACUUUUAUACCUGUAAUAAUUCCAUGAAAUCUCGUCAUGUGAUUUGCUACUUCGGGGAAUUAUACAAUAGAAUGCGACACAUGCAUCUGAGACGGAAGACUUUGUUUGUAACAGGAAUUCAUUCGCAAUGUUUUCAUGGCGAAAUGCAGCGUUGUUCCUUCUCAGUAUUUUAGUGUUGCAAACUGGAAUUUUAAUUAACAUCUACCUUAAUGCAGUGUUUCCUGCUUCAGACGAUGAAUUUCCAAGAGAAACUUUACUGCUUUUCAACGCGUACGACACAAAUACCGAUGGUGUUAUUAACCUGCGGGAAUUUGAAGCUGUAAAACAGAGGAUAAGCAAAACAUACCUGCAAGCCGUAAGAUCGAAAUAUUUGUAGGAAAUAAUUGUAAUCCAGAGUAGCUUGCUGUAACAUAUUAAUAUAGCUAAGCAUCUAUUUACAAGAACGUAAUAGUUUAUAUAUAUAUUAUAUUGUAAACGUUUGAAAUUGUAUUAAUAAUGUAAUGGAAUUUAUAAUACAGGCAGACUGUGGUGUGUGUGGGGAGGGGGUGGGGGAGAGGAGCCCCAACCCCAUAAUUUCAUUCCCCAUGAACUAUACAGUACGUGUUUGAUAGAGUAGCUAGGGGUGUGGUCCAGGUUCAUCUGAUAGACAGGGGUGUAACAUAUCACUACCAUUAUAACGGUUUCACUAACCUUUAAGUCACGUACACCUCUGAUCAGAUCUAUACAUUUUGUAUUUAGGAACCAGAGGGUUUAUGGAUAAACGAUAAUGAUAUUGACAAAAAGUUUGAAGAUCUUAAAACCACCGAUGGUGAAAUAUUGGACAUAAAAGCCGAGUUCACACCACUGGAUCUGGAUUCUAUGACAAAGUUUCAGGAUGGACAGUUAUUGCAAGUAUGUGACAUAUAAAUUACAAGCUGGUACAAUCCACUAAGAUAUCAGGACAUUUCCUGGCAGGUUCCUUGUAUUUGGAUGAGCAUUAUAAAGUAACACUAACAAAUGCUGUUCCCCCUUUCUCCUCCCUUUACUCCAAACAUUAACGACAAGUACCUCCAAAUAUUUCCACACAAUCUUUUAAACUUCAGGAAGAUAUGCAAGCAUUGGGUGGCUUAAGAAGAUGGCAGAGUGCAUUGAAGGAAGAGGCUGGGUUUGCAGUGGAAGCAUUCAGUUGUUUUCUUCCAAAGAGACAGAAUAUAGAUCUGGGCAACGCAUGGACCUUUGUCGUACCCAAUACGUCUCGUUAUGGUCAGUUUAUUGAUUAUUUAAUUGGGUAUCUCCUGAAACUGGGAGGUGGGUAGAAUAAGGCUGUUUGGACCACUGACCAACCAAGUGGCUGGCUAACUGACCAACUGCCUGCCUGCCCAACCGACUCCAGGCAACUUACUCACCAACUGACAGAAUGGUUGCCCAUCUAACUGACCAACUAAUUGAUUGAAUAAUAAACUGUCUGACUUACCGACCGACUGACCCACUAUCUCUGACUUACCAACCGACCAACUAACCACCUGGUCAUAUAACCAACUGGUUGACAGAUCAACUUGCCAGCUACUGUUCAAAUUUCUAGGACCUGACCUCUCCAGCAAUCGCUACACCCCCCCAGCAGUGAAUGCUGAUCAUGUGAUCCUACAGUAUCUCCUGCAUAUGUUCCACCCCAGGCCUUUCCUGUACUCUCGGUUCCCACCACAAGGAGCAGUGGCCUGUGUGAGAGCUGAAAAUGAGAAAUUCCUAGAAAUCGAAUUCAGGCUUCAUGCAGAGUUUCAACUGAAUACACCUCCAUUACUGCCGUUCUGGUUCACACCAGCACAAUUUUCUGGCCGACUGAUCAUCAGUAAAGAUGGUAGCCAUAUUCACCAUUUUGAAAUGGAAGUACCAUGCAACAAGACUUUAAAUGUGGGUAGGUUUUAGUUUGAUGAACUAUAGUUAUCUACAAUGUAUGUAGGAUUCAUGCUGGACAUACAGAGAAAGAGUACAGAUGUUGGACUGACUAUAUUGUUUAUUUUUGUUUUCACUGGAAAUUCAUCUUCUUAAUUUUUUUUUAGAUAUGGAAUGGUUAACUGGACGAACUGAGAAAAAUGGUGAAUCAACUGUUGAUGGUAAUGAUUAUAAAUAUGUGUGUGAUGAACAUGUAUGAGAGUGUAUCCUAGCUGCAACUUGGUACAAUAGUCACAAUACCGACACCUGCCAUUUUUCUCCUUGCACAGUUUCAGUCAUUAGGCAUAUACCUGCAAGACACACUAUUCAUGCAGGUGGUUUUCAUUGGAACAUUUCCAUUUCAUCAAUCAUUCUCUUUUUCAGACAAUGAAGUCAACGAACAAAAUAACAUGGAGGUGGACAUCGGUAAAAAUAUUCAAUUAGUUAAAGCUGAAUUGAAAACUUUACAGUAUAUUGUCUUACACUUUAAUCACUGAAUUUGAGAAAAGCACCAAAUGCAAGGAGGUUCACUCGAUUCCUUCUUCAGCUAUUUAAUUGGUAUUAGAUACUAAUACCCAGACUGAUUUUUGUCCUAAAUAAUUUUUUCCCACCCUUGCCAACUGUUUCUUGGUAUAUUGAUACUUGAUUAGGUAGUCUGUUCAUGAUCUCCGUUUCCCUUCAUCAUCAGCUCCAUAACGUCUUUCUGACUAUUUCCUUUCAUCUCUUCCAAUUACGUGUUAAACUAAGACGAAAUGGAGAGCUGGUCAACUUCAUGUGUGUUGCUUCCCUCACCUUCUCUGCAAUGCUUGUCACCCUACAUCUUCUGAUCCCUCAUUCCAUAAAGUCUCUUGAUGGUAUGGACAGGUAAUAAGAAGAGACUGCCUUGCUUCCUUCUCCGUAAUGUCUGCACUCUGCCGCCCCACAUCUUCUUCUGAUCUCUUCAUUCCAUAAAGUCUCCGACUCUCCUUUAUCUUUUCUUAUUACGUGUCCAUGCCAUCGUCACCUUGCUUCCUUCACCUUCUCCACAAUGUCUGCCACCCCACAUCUUCUUCUGAUCUCUUCAUUCCACGUCUCUAAACCGGCUCUCUCAGCCUAGUCCCUUGCGCCUUAUAGACGCCCUGCUUUCGCUCUGAAACAUGUUAGCACGUGGAACGCAAGUGUGACGUCACCACUCAAGAUGUUGCACAGUGGUCACACAACACCCCAGGAACAAAAUGAGAACAGCGAAGAGACUGCCUGGGACUAAGUUGCGACUCUCCAUCACUUAUUACGUAUCCAUACCAUCGCUGUUUCCCUCACCUUCUCUGCAAUGUCUACCAUCCCAUAUAAUAUGUUCUGCUCCCUUCUUACUUGUCUUCAGCGAAACCUCUGGAUCCUAAAUACUAAGCAAAUACCCACACAAAUCAUUUUCUCACAUCUACAAACUCUAUCAACAGGUUAUUUACCGAAAAUGAAACUGAGAAGCACAGCUCCAUCAUACUAUCAUGCAGCUAACGUCUCCUCGAGCCCCGAGGAGCGUGAAAUAAAAUGGCAGAGAGAAAUAUCGCAUGAGGAAGCAAUAACCAUUUUGGAAACGAAAAUGUAUCCAUUCAAAAAGGUUAGGAUAUAUUAACUGUGUUUUAUGUUAAUACCAGUUACUUUACCAUAUGUUAAUCUAAUUGAAUUUUUUUAAACGAAAACUGUGAAAUGCAUUUCUUAAAUGUAUUUUAGGUGCCGUAUCUUUCGUUUGACAAGGCUUACACCAAAGCGAAGGAGGAGAAAAAGUUAGUGCACUCCAUUUUACUUUGGGGAGCACUUGACGACCAGUCAUGCUGAGGUAAGGCUUCAGUUUCAUAUUUUAACAAAUUGUAAUUGAGAAAAUUGAACAAAUUAUCACAGCAAGGAAAAUAUCAUCUUUGCAUUUGACAAAAGAACCUCAUUAGCAGCUAUUGUAUUUGGAGCGCUUUCAUCUAAUAUGGCUCAACAUCCAACAACAAACAGAAUACUUCAUGGAGGUAUCACAGUCUCAUCAUAUGAUUUCGUUGUCUGACUAUAGGCUCUGGGCGGACUCUCCGAGACACGGCUCUCGAGUGUUCGCCCGUUAUGGAAUUGCUGACAUCACACUUUGUCAGCACCUGGUCUCUGCUUCAAGAUAUCAAGGUGGGAUAGCAAAUUCACGUUCAGUCUUGUUCAUAUAUUAGGUCAUUUUCACUCCUGAAAUACGUUCAAGUGCUUUUACUUAUUACAGAGACUAUCAACGAAUCAAUAUAUUACUCCAGAACUGAAGACACAGGCUGAACUAGCCUUAGAAAGUUACAGGUCCGUAUAUGAGCUGAAAAUCUGGAAUAUGACUAAUUUACAAAUUACAAUAUCCAUGAACUAUUAUUCUGUUAUAUUUCAAGGUUCCCAGUGGAAAGUAUGGUAGCGCUUCCUAAUGGUACAGUGGUACACAGAAUGAAUGCCAAUGAACUAGUUGAUAGCGACGAUGCUGAUUCUAGGUAAGAUUCUGAACACUGAGUAUAUCACUGUGUAGCAGAUCUAGCCUCUGCAGGCAUAUUUCUAACCUAGCACAUUAAUUACCCAGCAUGAGAUAUCUGUGGAGAAAAUAAGACCAUUCGCAGAAUUAUUGGAGCGCGGACUUUGUUGUUUAUUGAGUUCCUCACUCAUUGAUGAGCGGAUUUUACCGUCCAAUUUUAACGUCCUUAUCCGAGAAGACGCGAAAGUCUAACCAUUUACUGAUGGCAAUGUAAAGGUAGCACUUUCUCCUCAAUUAUUUUGAGAUCUUGAGUAGAGAUCCGAUGAAGGAUUGAACCCGGGUCUCCAGAGGCAAGCGUAGUGACCACGACUUCACAAAACCUAGUUAAAUCAUUCUUCUUUUGAAACAAGACAGAAACAUCAAAAAUUACAUAAGGCGGAAUAAAAUUCAAAAGAAAUCCAAGAAUGAAGUCAAGGUUAUGCGUGCAUUAAUGCUACACUCCAUCAACUCUGCGAAUGAUGUAUAUACUACGAUAAAACUCUUAAUUUCAAUCUUAAGUUACAAGUUUAUUAUUUUUGCUACAUUAAUAUUUAGUGCUGUGCCUGGAUUAUCAGAUGGACUCAGCGCAAAUUAUUACAAGUUCCUCAACGAAGCAAUAUCUAAAGCCAAAACACAUUUUGAUGGUUAAAUUUGACAACGAGGAUGUAUUGUUAUGUGAAUAAUUAACAAAUGCAUGUCUUCUUUUAAUGAUAAUAGCUUUUACAACUGCAUGAAAUUCAGCGAAAGCUAUUUGAUGGUUUUUAAAGGAAAAAGCAUUUUAGAAUAUUCUAUAAUACAAUGCCAAUAAUAUAUGAUGCAUUAAAUAUGACAUGAAUUUCUUUCUUGAAUGAAAAAACUCUUUAAGCUGUAGUGUAUCUUAUUUUUCAGUUUCUCGUUUUUAUGGUUUGUUCCCGAGAUAUUUCAAUUUGGUUGACAUGUAAAUGAGUGUGAAUAUGUCCGCUAAUUUAUGACGUCACAUUGGUUACAAGCUCUUCAAAAUGGUUGAAUAUCACUGUUAUCAUCCAAGAUGAUAAUUUCAAACUUCACUCACUGGUAUUAAAUGUGAUGAAACACUGGAGAAAAAUGCGAACUGAUAUCUACAGUUUUUAAUAAUAAUAAUGAUAACCAGUGUAAGUUGAGCUUGCAACCAAUGUGACGUCAUAAAUUAGUGGACAUAUUCACACUCAUUUACAUAUCAAACAAAUUGAAAUAUCUCGGGAACAAACCAUAAAAACAAGAAACUGAAAAUAAGUUACACUACAGCUUAAAGAGUUCUUUCGUUCAAGAAACUAGAAAUUUCAUGUCAUGUACACUUUAAAGCAAAAUUUUGUAUACUCGACUAUUGUAUGUGUAAUUAAAGUCUUUUUAUUGCUUUUGAUGUGGUUUGCCUUGUUCAUUGGCGAUACUAUUUUAAAUUAAGAAUUUUAUCUGUAGUUAUCUUUCAAAUAUUUAGCCUGCAACUAAGCUAGUUGCACUUAUUAGCUUAAUAACCUAGCGCAUUGUCCUAUGCACUGGUUUCCCCCAAUAACCCACAUUAUCCACAUGUAAUCAGUGAGCUCUAUAUAUACCUGGAGUAAGAACUUCAGUCAUUCGGCCAGUGAGAAAAGUGAAGCCAAGAUGGCGGCCAUUGACGUCCAAUAGGCAAUUCCAGCUUUUAGUUUAUGCGUGCAGGGGACGAUGGGAAGUAAGGUAUCACAUUGCUGAUUAUGCUGAAAAAAUUAAAAUGAUGGCCGUGUAAACACGGAGUGAUAGCUUAUACUUGUAAAUAUUGAAAUAUUUCGGUUGUUUCGGUAGUUUUUAUUGAAAUGUUUCAGCAUAAUUAGCAAUAUGAUACCUUACUUCCCAUCAUCCCCUGCAGGCAUAAACUAAAAGCUGGAAUUGCCUAUAGCUCUGAAGAUUGUAAACAGUAAUACCAUUUCCCCCAGUUUUAAACAAAGUUAUCAGUUCAUAAAACCACAGUAUUAUCAGUUCACAAAACCAUAGUAUUAUUCUUUAAAUCGAAGUCAAAAUACGAAAUUUCGGCACACUCCUUGCAGACCAAAACAAUAGAAAGGGACUCGAGUUCUCGCUCCAGACAUAUAUGGAGCUCCCUGCCUGGAACUUACUUAUGACGUCAGUAAACGUCGUAUCAUAAUGUAGGCGGAAAUGCCACUAGGGCGUCACCAUGCGAGUUCCAUAUCUUAUAAUCUGAAGAUACCAAAUCUUUCAC